GGUAUUUCUGAGUCCAUUUAAAUUUUUACACUCUUUUUUAUUUCAUUUUAUUUUUUCGAAUUUAUAAUCAAAUAUUUUUUUUAAACAGGAUUAUUUAUUCUUAAUUUUUAUCAAAAUUAUUCAAUAAUUUCAAUUUUAUAUUUUCUAUAUUUAUUCUAUUUCUUCAAAUAUUUUAUAUUUUGCUUGAUUUAAUAUAAUACGAAUUUAUCUUCGAUUCAUAAUGAAUAAUAUAAUAUAUAUAUAUUUCAGCAAUAAUUCCUUACUAUUGUAAUUGCAUUUCUUAUAAAUUCGUUAUUGCGUCAAUCAAUUCUAAUACAGUAAAAGAAUAAAUUUCGAUCGAAAGGUUAUAUUUAUUAUUUUGUUAAUUGCGGGAUUUAAAAAAUCAUUUUAUAUAUAAUAUGAAUGCAAAUUAUUGUAACAUUAUUUAUAUUGUUAAAAAUAUAAAAGCGAUUUUUCAUGUGUGUCUUUUGCAUAUACAGUAUUUCAUGUGGAAUCUUCGCCAUCAUAUAUUUGUGUUUGAUACGAAACAAUUCAAUAACACUUUAAAUAGGUUUAAAACAUAAUUAAUAUCUUUUAUAUCAUAUAUUCAUAAAAUCAUACCCAUGAAGUAAUAUUUGAUUAAAAUAAUAUUUGAUUUUUCAUUUCGGUAAAAAUGUUAUUAAUGUUAACUGCCGAUUGUUUUCCCUUGGGUCGAGAUGUGUAUUUUAGAAAAUUUGAAUUAUAUCCAUUAUCUUUUCAACAUGAAGUUUCAAAUAAUAACAUGUUGGUGGCUGCUCCUUAUGGAGGUUCUAUUGCAGUCACUAGAAAUCCUAAAAAAUUAGUUAAAGUACAAGGAGCAAAUAAACCUAUGAUAUAUUUGUACACUUCUUCUGGAAAAUUAACAGCCAAAUUGCAAUGGAGUGGUUCCCAAUUAGUCCUUUUGGGUUGGUCUCAACAAGAAGAAUUAUUAUGUGUAGAAGAUGAUGGCAUGAUUCAUAUAUAUGAUAUGUUUGGUACAUAUCUACAUGCUUUUAGUAUGGGAAAUGAGGUAAAAGAUACUAAAGUUGUGGAAGCAAAAUUUUUUGUCAGUUAUAGUGGAACUGGUAUUGCAGUUUUAACAUCUACCAAUCGUAUAUUUUUAGUAAAUAAUAUAGCUGAACCAAAAGUUAGACAAAUAUCAGAAAUUCCUAGAUAUGGAGGACAAAUUGAAUGUUGGUAUUUAGUCCAUUGCGACAGAGAAACACGUGUAAUUUUAUCAAAUAGAGAUGGAAUAUUUGUGAUACAUCAAUCUCAUCAAACUGCAACACAUAUACCAUUUGACAACCUUUUUACCAGAUAUAAUAAAGUAAACAGUGUGAUUGCAAUGGCUGUAUCUGGAAAUAAUCGUCAUAUUGCUCUUUAUACAGACACUGGUCAUUUAUAUAUGGGUUCUAUAGAUUUUAGUGAAAAAUAUUGCGAACAUUAUACAAAUAUGAAAGAAUCAUUAGAAAACAUAGCAUGGUGUGGAACGGAAGCUGUAAUAUGUAGUUGGAAUAGUACUGUAAUGGUAAUUGGACGAACAGCUGAAACUAUAACAUAUACAUAUGAUGGUCCUGUUCAUCUUAUUACAGAAAUUGAUGGUGUACGCGUAUUAUCUGGUUCUUCUCAUGAAAUGAUACAAAAAGUACCGAAUGUUGUACAAAAGAUAUUUCAAAUUAAUUCAACUGAUCCUGCAUCUUAUUUAUUAGAAGCUUCUAAACAAUUUCAAAGAAGAAGUCACAAAGCUGAUGGUUAUAUGGAUUUAGUUAAAGAUAAAUUAGAUGCAGCAAUAAGAGCUUGCAUUGAUGGAGCUAGUCAUGAAUUUGAUUUUGAAACACAAAAACUUUUAAUGAAGGCUGCAAAAUUUGGAAAAGGAUUUAGUAAAACAAUUGAUCCUGAAUAUUACGUUAAUAUGUGUCGAACUUUAAGAGUUUUAAAUGCUGUGAGACAUCCUGCCAUUGGAAUUCCAUUAACAUACACACAAUUCAAUGUUCUCACGAGUCAAGUAUUGUUAGAUAGGCUUGUUGCUAGACGACAUUAUUAUCUAAGUAUACAAAUUGCACGGCAUCUUCAAUUACCAGAAAUUGAAGGGGAAAGUCGAAUAUUAGCUCAUUGGGCUUGCUACAAAGUAAAACAAACACAGCUAGAUAAAGAACAAAUAGCAGAAGAAAUAGCUGAUAAAUUAGGCUAUGCGCCUGGUGUUUCUUAUAGCGAAAUUGCAAGAAGAGCAGCUGACUGUGGUCGAAAACAAUUAGCAAUUAAGCUAAUAGAUUACGAACCACGUGCACAACAACAAGUACCACUUUUAUUAACGCUUGGAGAGGAAAAAGCUGCUUUACGCAAAGCAGUUGAAAGUGGAAAUACCGAUUUAGUUUAUACUGUAAUACUUCAUCUCAGAGAAAAUAUGCCUCUUGGUGAUUUUCAGAUGUCGAUAAUGCAUUGUCCUUUAGCAAUGGCUUUAUAUAUUAAAUAUUGUCAGAAUCAUAACCGAGAAACACUUCGCAAUAUUUAUAAUCAAUACGAUGAUUUUCAUUCUCAAGCAAUAUGGUUUAUUACCGAGAGUUAUCAGCGGAAGAAUGCAAUGUCGAGAGAAGCAUUAUUACAAUCCGCACAGGAAAAUUUUAAAUUAGCUCGUAACGAUACUAAUGCCGCUUUGACAGAAGAGCAAAUAAAAUUAUUACGCUAUCAAAGAUCUAUGGAAGAUACAUUACAAGAAAUAAUUGUAGGAAAACCACUUCAUGAUACUGUAAAAAUAUUAUUAUUGCGCAAUGAGUUAAAGUUAGCCGACAAAUUGAAAUCAGAAUAUCGAAUAUCAGAUCGAAGAUAUUGGUGGCUACGAAUACAGUGUUUAGCAGAACAAGGUGCAUGGAAUGAAUUAGAAAAAUUUUCUAAAAGUAAAAAAUCACCUAUUGGUUACGAGCCUUUUAUUGAUGAGUGCUUAAAAUAUAAUAAAGACAGAGAAGCGAAAAAAUAUUUAUCUAAAGUAAAAAAUGAAUUGAAAGUAAAAUAUUUGGUUAAAUUAAAAAUGAUAAAUGAGGCAGUUCAAACAGCAGUAGAACAAAAAGAUAUUAUGGCAUUAACUUUUUUAUUAGCACAAUGUGAAACAACAGAUAGGCAAUUGAUUGAUAAAAUCAAUAUGCAUAUAACAAGUCUCAAAAAUUAACAUUCUAUAAUUUUCAAUCUAUCUUUAAAUUAUCGGUUAAUUAAGAGAAACACUAUUAUAUAUACAUUCCAAAAUUAAAUACCCAAACUGAUAUGAAAUAAUAGAAAAAAAUCAUGAAAAAUAUGACAACAAAGAUUUUUAAAUAUGUAUGUAAACUUAAUUUAUGUUGAUUUUAAAAUGUAAAUAAUAUAUAAAAAAUAUAAUAGAGUUAAUACUUUCUAAUUUAUCUUUUAAAAUUUCAUAAUAUGACAACAUAUUAAUUAUGACGUAAAAUAUUAAAUUAUUAAAUAACGAUAAAAAAAACAAAAUACAAUCGUUUAAUAUUUAUUCAACAUUGUAUUUAAUAUUUAUUCAAUACAUUAAAAUGCAUUUUAUCAAUUUAAUAUACAUAAGGAAAAUGUUCAUCAACACUCACAUUGUUCAGUAGAUUGUAUAAAAAUUUGAUGUUUUUCAAUAAGAUUAUUAACAAUUGAUUGCUCGAUUUCUUCACCUUUAUUUAAUUGUUCAUUAGUAAGAGAAAUAACAUAGAUGUCCUCUUGACUAACAAUUAUUACUUUCUGUUUUCGAGUGUGCAAUACAUUGGCUAUAACUAACUGCAGAAAAAUGUUUGUAUAAUGUAAAAAAUGUGUAAAAAAAAUAAAUUUCAGAUUUUUUUUAUAUAAUUAAAUAAUACUAAUAUAUCUACUAUUACUCA